ACUCCGGUCACCAUCGAGGGCACGAUCAUCCACGCCUUAUCCUAUCACUCCCAAAUUCGAAAUCCAUUAUUAAACAUAACAUACAGCGCCACGAUCGCAAAACGGCACUGUAGCUCACGGGAUACUUCAUGCCGCACGCCCGGCUCAGAGGCUCAUACAAACGUCACUACUGCUGACACUACCCACCAAUACGCCAGCACAGCAACCAUGGCGGACGACCAAACAAUAAACCUGCCGCAACUGGUCAUAAUCCUCCUCCUGGGUGGCUUCGCCGUCCGAUACUUUUUCUUCUCUGCCCCUCAGUCUCCAGACCAGCCAUCAGCUUCAAGCAGGGGCGGCGUACGAGUGCGGGAGGCAGAUGUGGACAGGGUGCAGCAGAUGUUCCCGCAGGUUGGGCGGCGGACGAUAAUGUGGGACUUGCAGAGGAACGGAGGGAAUAUUGCCGCGACGACGGAGAGGAUACUGAGCGGUAGAGGACUUGAGGAGCCGCCACAGACUUUCCGACCACCGAUGCCACCAGCUGCAGCAACUUCUUCUUCGCAAACCGGCGCAGGCACAAGGACGGAGGCGCCAAAGCCAUCCCAACCCGACCUCAUUUCGCGAUACAACCUCGGCGCAAAGAUCGCCGCAUCCAGUAGCAGCGAAGAUAAGGAAACGACAGGCGGGUCGCCCGGCAAGUCGCCCGGAGGGAAGGCCUGGAGUCAGAAUAAGACCGAGAGGCAGUCGUUGAUGCAGCAGAGGAGGGAGGAAAUGAUCUUGGCAGCGAGGAGAAAGAUGGAGGCCAAGAUAGCUGCGGAGAACAAGUCGUAGGGGUUGUAUACCCCAUAAAUCGAACGGGGCGUUUUCCUCAUGGGGUCUUGGCGGCCAGCGUGUAAAUUAUGUUGAUGAUUUUCGAUACAAAUACAUUCACCAUUUUCGGCGUUGACGUUCUCUUGCGGGUCUGGUUUGAUUUGGGG